AUGGCCCUUGUGCGCAGUUCGAUUAUUGUGCAGUCGAAAUCGACACCACACAUUGUACGUCAUGCGAUUCUUUUAUCUGCCAAACAUCACAACGAAUAUUGCUGGCAAAAGCAGCGAAUUGGUCAACGAGAAAUUGUAGGACCAUCAAGCGGCGGAUAUCAUUUCAUUGACUCAACAGAUCGUCCAUAUCCACCAUUGAGAUUCCGAGCCGAUGAUGAAAUCAUCAAACCAAUUCGUGAAAAGGAAAAAGGUGACUGGAAGAACUUAACAAUAGAAGAGAAGAAAUUGUUGUAUAGAUAUUCAUUCCGGAGAACACAAGCCGAGUUGCUGGGCUGGAAUGUUUAUUGGAAAAUGUAUUUUGCCUACACAUUAAUCUGGAUAUCAAUUGGUCUGGGAGUAGUAGGCCUGCUUAAACAUUUCAGUUAUCCUCCGCAGGUACCCACGCUGAGUGAUGAAUGGAAGCAUGCAGCAAUGCGAAAAAUACUAGUAUUGGAGAAGCCGCUCCCUGAAGGAGCAGCAACGUUGUACGACUUCAAAAAUGACCGCUGGAAAGAUUGA